UGAGUCAGAGCCUGGCACAGUAGAGAGACUUGAUACUUUUUCUCCGAUCUUUAAAAGAUAAACGAAGAAAUAGUUAAAUAUUGCUUUGUAAUGAGAAGCCUAGGGUGACUAACAACAUGUUCUAAGAACCAAUUUUGUGUGACAUCUACCAAAACUGUCGGAGUUUCAGUGCUUUGCCUGAUCGCCCAGAAAGUAUUGGGACCAUCGCGAUUGUCGGAGGAAGCCUGGACGGCUGGAAUAGGCGUGAUGUUCACUGAAGUUUCGGUCGCACGUCGCACUCGAAAUAAAACCCAAAGAUCAAUUCCAGCUAGUUCCUCUCCAUCAAAUGGAUUUCGUUUCGACCAAUUUAAUUAUGAAAACUUGCCUCUUUGAAGGAAACGUUUCUUCAUCUUCCAUUUGUUAAUUUCAUCACUUGAGAAAACAAUGGAUUAUCUUGUGGAAAUCUGCUCGUGCACGUCUGCUAUGAUGAAUAUGUUCGGAUUCAAAAUUGUUCCAUUUUCUUUUGACAUCAAAUUGAGGACUACUUUUUUGUCAAUAGUAUUGUCAAUAUUAUUUAUAGGCACACCAUCUGAAUGUAUAUCUUGGAAGUCUUGGUUCACAGAAGACCGACUGAGCAGAAGCAUCCAUAAUUCAGAUAGCUACCUCUUCCUAGAAUUUAAUUGUUCGUCAUUUGAUUUAGAUUGUUCUCCAUGUGAUGCUGGGACCUUUGCUAACUUAACAAACAAGGAUUGUGCCUGUUGCAGUGUGAACGGUGAUUGCGCCCAUGAACAACUGUGCAUCGAGUGUUCCGAGGGAGAAUACCAGCCAGUCCAGGGGCAGACUGAGUGCCUUUUAUGCCCCAAUGGGACAAUAUCAAACACGACAUCGGCGCAAAAGUGCCUGCCAUGCGCCAAAGGAACAGUGCAGCCUGUGGAAGGCCAGACAGCGUGCGAGGAGUGUGAACCGGGUUUUUUUGCAAACAGGACUGGGUUGUGGGAUUGUUAUCCCUGUGCGAAUGGGACUUUUUCUAAUGUUACUGCCAGCCACAACUGUACAAAAUGUCCGCCUGGACAUUAUCAACCUGACAAAGCGGCCACGGGAUGUGAGAUAUGCGAGCCAGGAUCAGCAGCUCUAUCUGCUGGAAGUCUGAAAUGUGACAUCUGUGAAGCGGGCACCUUCUCCAAUAAAUCUGGAAGUCCUUACUGUUCACCUUGUCCCCCAGGGAAGGUUGCUGCCGAGUCAGGCAUGGUGAAUUGUACAAGCUGUCCGAUUGGUCAGUUUCAACCCUCAGCCGGCCAAUCAGGAUGCAUGGAAUGUUUCCAAGGGGCCUACUGCAACCAUACAGGAUGUACUGUGUGUGAGGAGUGUCCAGCUGGUAUGGAAGCCAAGCAUACCGGAGCAGAAAACUGCACUCUAUGUGAUCCUGGUUACAGCAAGCCCCUUGCUUCUAACUCACUCUGCAUUCAAUGUCCCGAGGGAUUUUACCAGACUCGGUGGGGACAGACCGCCUGCAUCCAAUGCCCAGCGAAUUACUAUUGCACUUGCUUCUCCUGUCCCCCAGUGCCUUGUCCAGAUGGAGCCUUCUGCCCAGCAGGGAGCUAUGUACCUUCUUACUUGACCUGCCUGCCUCUCUUUAGCAAGAAAAAUAUGGCUUGUGUGCCCACUCCUAGUUUUUAUGUUGUGAUUGCACUUAUUGUAUUAGUAUGUGGCUUUUCUGUUGUCUUCCUGAUGAGUCGAUACCGAGCCAGGCAGAGGUACUUCAAGGUCAGAACUGCCGAGUCAGACAGGCUCCUGUCUUCUACCAGAUCUGAAGAGGAACCUGUCUAUGAAGGUUUCUAGAAGGCUCCUACCUGGAACCUUCAGGAUGAUCGAUAUCCUUGAGGACCUUGACAACACUUCUUCCAAUACCAUGAAAAAUAAAGGCUCUUGUUCCGUUUGGGACCCGUUACACUUCUGAAGAUGAACUCGUCUGCCAAGGCUUCUAGAAGGUACCUACUUGGAAAUGAGGGUUUGAUCGACAUCCUUGACCAAAAUUCUUCUAAUAUGGUGGAAUGGUUAAUAUAUGGAAGGUGUUUGAUCUGGAGAAGAACCUAUCUUGGCUAUCCAUCAAGGAUUCUAGAAGAUAUCUACUUGGAACCUCGAGGAUGAUUGAUGUCCUUGACAACAGCAGUACUUCCAAUAGGGUGCAACUAGGUUAAUACUAGCAAGGCAUGUGAUCUGAAGAGACACCGGUCUAUCAACAAUUCUAGGAGGUUCCUAUGUGGAUCCUAGCUCUAGGAUGAUUGAUGUCCUUGAUAACGGUUCUUCCGAUAGGAUGCAAAGGCUGGUGUUCCUUUGGAGAUUUGUAUUCCAGACUUCCAAUGGAACAAACCAGGAAAGACAAGAUUCAAGAGUUGCUCCAUGUAAAUUUGAAGUCAUAUUAAAUGUACAACUAGAACUUUGAAGCAUGUGGUGAGGUACUUUUACAAGACAGUGUGCCCAAGUCAGCUGAUUGUACUGUCACAAACCUCUUGCAACAAAAAAACUUGAUAUCGCUCUUAUGGUGGAGUAAGGACUUCUUAUUUGUUCAUCCUUCUCUCAGUCAUAGGUAACAUUGUUUUAUGUGUGAAAGGUCCUACUUGAGAUGACUUUUCCUACCUUUUCAUCAAAGUUUAAUGGCAUCAGUGUACUUGCCAAUCUUAGGAUUUGUGAUUUAUCAUUGUCCUUGUGA